AUGCAGCCAAUGCCGAAUCGGUUAGGACUCGGUCUACGUCCACCUAUGCCUUCGUAUGGCCAGGGUCCCUCAAUAUCAGCUCUCGCACAGCAGCAGCACAUGCUACAUCAGCAAUUUGUACCACCGCAGCCAAAAGCGACGCAGUUGUUCAUUGGUUCGAUAUCUGGCGGUAUCACCGAUGGUUUCUUGAACCAACUGCUCGGGGCCUGCGGAUCAGUCUCGUCGUUCAAGCGCCUCAUUACCCCAGCGAACAAGCCUCAAGGUUUUGGGUUCGCUGAGUUUCAGGACCCGGAUGCUGCGUUGCGGGCGAUGGCGCUACUAAAUGGCGUUGAGCUACCGGCCUUAGAGGACGGUUGCGUAAAUAAGAAGCUCCUGGUGAAAGCAGACGAGAAGACCAAAAUGUUUCUCGAUGCCUAUCAGGCGCAGAAAAUGAUGACUGACAUGGACGAGGAGCAGUUGCGCCAAGCUAGAGCUAAAGUUAGCACUCUUCUUGAAGAAAUCAACAAAAAGUCUCAGGAAGCGGCCAACAGCGGGCUUAUUGACAAAGAGAAAUAUGUCAUUCCUCCUCAUCUACACGAUCUCCAGGAAGCAGACCUGCCCGAAACGCAGCGAGGUCUUGUCAUGACUGAGAUUGCGCAGUUUCGUGAGCGUGCGGCCAAACGCGAGCGAGAGAAAAUGCGAGACGCGAAAGAGAGUGCGCCUGCUGUUCCGGGUGCGCCCAGUGGCCCGAAGGUGAGGGAAUGGGGCAAGCCGCAGCUGUCAGGGCAGCAAGAGUCGCCAGUAGCGGCUUCCAAGACACCUCAAGGUUUCGGACAGGGCAUACAAGGGUACAGUAAGCCGGUUGGAUUUGUCAAGGCGGAAGAAGACUCGCGAUCUCCAGUGCCGGAUCACAGAAUUGCUCCAAGGGUCAAGACUGACGAAGAGAUGGAAGAGUACCGGAAAGAGACGAGGAGACGAGACGAGGAAAAUUCAUACAGAGAUCGAGAGCGUCGAUACGAGCCUCGAGAGCGUGCGCGAAUACAGGCCCUUGAGCGUGCUAUUGCGCGGGAACGUGCGACAAAGGAGGCGGAGGAGCGAGAUCGAAUUGAGAUGCGGUCACGGUUGGAAAUAUGGGAUGAUGACGAGAGCGACGAGCUCUUCUACACAGACCGAGCACGAUGGCGGAGUCUGCGCGUGCGGAGACUUGCUGCUGAGCAGUCAGCUGACGAGGAGUCGCGUUCGUAUGAACAACGUGAAGCAGAGAACCUGCGCCGCGAGUCCGAAGCGUUCCUCGCACGACAAAUGGAUGAGAUGCAGGCUCUGCAAGAUGAACAGCGGAAGGCUGGAAUGUUGUUAGACGAUGGUGCCCCAGUGAAGCUGAAUGUCUCUCUUACCGCCGCUGCACCGAAGGCCGAGGCUGGUCCGAAAGAGAAAGCUACUGUGUUUGGGCAGGAGGAGGAGGAGGAAGAAGAGAGUAUACGUAAGAGGAAGGCGCCUCUUCCCAAGCUCGAUCUCGCGGAAGGUGGUGAGAAGGCGAAGGAGAGGCUGGAGAAAAUCAGAGCGUCUGUCCCCCGGGACAGGGAAACCCUGUUCAAGGCGAAGGUUCGGUGGGAUGGGUUGUCUGAUGUUAUGAUUGACCGCAAACUGGAACCACUUGUCAAGCACCAGAUGACAAAGUAUUUGGGAGAAUUGGAGGACGAUGAUCUUGUCAUGUUCGUUGUAGAACAUCUCAAGGAUCACAAAGGUCCUCAUAAAUUGAUCGAGGGUGUUGAGCCGGUGUUGGAGGAGGAAGCAGUUGACUUCGCAAUCAGCAUCUGGCGACAAAUCAUCUUCGAAAGUAUGGCGUAUGGUGAAGGCCUCCAUACAGAGAGAAUGUUGGUCGAUUGA